AUGGCACACAGGGAGGAAGUGGUGCCACGGCGUGGGGCCAGGAUCCUGGAGGUCCUCCUGGAUGGGAUGGAAUAUUGGAAGGGCAUAUCAGAAGGUGUUAUCGUAAUUGUGUGGGAUAAAGAAAGGGAAUUUAUCGUGAAGACUUGGGUGGGGGUCAACAUAUUUGAAGAUGAAUAUUACUAUGAAGCUCUGUUUCACAAAAUACACUCCCAGUACCAGGAGAUGCCUGUAACAGGAUUACUGUUGAUGCACUCUACCCACUAUAUACAUCUGCUGGAGUCUUCCAUUGAUGUGCUUUACUGUAUAAUCCGGGAUCUCACCAACCAAUCUGAUGAAGGGCUGGUUCAGUCAGAUACUAAGGUCCUUGUGCUGUCACACAAUAUCCCCGAUCGACUGUAUCGCCAAUGGCUGCAGCGACCUGUGAAUCUGCCUUUCACUCUGAUGAUGGACACUUCAGAGAUGGAGCCCGUGGACAAACUGGUCACAGAAUGUCUCACUCUCCUGCUGAAACUUGGGAUUUACAUCCAGCAAAAUCCAAAGAAGAACAUCACUGGACCAAACCACACCGUACCUGAAGAAAUCCGACAUCUGAUCGUCAAGGAGAAUACCAUCAAGGAACUGUGUAGCAGUUCAGAGCUGAUGACUCCUCAGACAUUCCUCGAAUGCUAUGAGAAAUCAACAUAUGUCAUCCUAGACUCAGAACUCAUUUGGCCAACUCCUCUUCAUCUGUUUCUUGGGGGUUAACAGAUUCCUCUUGGAUCUCUACGUCCAAGAUCAAGCAAACAGCUUCCUGCAAGUUUCAUUACACU